GACUUGCAACACAUUCUCUAUCAGAUUUUGAUCUGGAGAAUAUGAUGGCUAUGGAAGUACCAGUCUGUGCAAUCUAUACCAUAAAACUCACACGCAGAGGUAAUAAAUCAAAUGAUAAUGAAGAAAGUAAUAAGGCAGAUAAUAAAGAAGGUGAAGAAAGAGUUGAAGGUAGUGAAGAAGGAAAUAACGAAGGUGAUAAAAAUAGUGAAGAAAUUAAAGAUUAUAAAGAAGCUGAUAAAGCAAGUGAUGAAGAUAGUGAAGAAAAAAGUGAUGAUGAUGAUGAUGAUAAGGAAGAUGAUAAAGAAGAUAAUAAUAGAGAUAUUAAACGACUAUUAUUCACAUUGUCAAAAAGAUCAUCCAAAUCUAAAUUUACAUAUCCGGAUAUCAUAAAUCAAAGUAUUAUUUUAACAUCUAUUACAUAUAAUGCAAGCAUUGAUAAAAUUGAAAUCAAUCCAAGUAAAAAAACUGCAACUAUCAAGAACAAUCAAGGUAAAAUUAUAUUAGAGCCAAUUAAUCUAAUAGAAAUUAGGAAAUCUAUUAUGAAAAUAGAAUUUCCUAAAUUUGAAAGAGUGUCUGAAAAAGAGCAAAUUAAUCAAGAUCUAUAUCCAGUUCUUGGUUAUUUUGUUAACUUUGAAAGUUCAAAAAAACAUGAUAUAUUAACUAGAAAUAAAUUAAAAAUUUCCAAACUAUAUCAUGAAUUCUUAGCGUUUGAAUCAGAAUUAUCAGUUAUUGCUCCAUUUUAUGAUUCAAACUCUAAUAUAAAAAAGAAUGAUUAUUAUAAAAGUGUUCUUGAAUAUUUAAAAGAACUUACUAUUCUUCGUAGAUCUUCAAUCGUUCAAUUUGAUACGACACAAAUAAGUGGAGCAUUAACAUUAAAUAUAGAAGACAAUCAGAAUUUAAACUCAGAAUAUAAUCAGGACCUUUUAAAUCAACUUAUGCUCUUGAGAUGUAAACCUCAAAUCCCUCAAGAGCUUAGGGUUAGUUCUUUUUUAAAGAAUAAUUCUUUAGAACAAUUAGAUGCAAUAAAAAAACAAUUGGAUACUUUUUUUGCAUUAAUGUCUACCUGCUAUCAAACAAUUUUUGAUGAAUGGACAAUGAAAUUCACAAGCCGUGAUAAAGGAACAAAAUCAGCAACUCAAGUAAGAGCUCUUCUUAUUGGCAAAGAGUCUCCUUACAAUAUAUUUAAU